GACUCAGGUUUGUCCCGUGACGACGCGUCAUCGGGCGAUGUGUCGAUCCUCUGUGAACUGGAUCGAUCAACACGAUCAACUGGAUCGAUCAACUGGAUCGAUCAACACGAUCCGUGCAUUGUGAAAUGUUGGCGAUCAACCGAGUGCAGGCGUCGUCCCGGGUCAUGUCGGUGUCUCAGGUCCGACCCAGUCUGUUCCUCAGCGGUCUGGACCCGGCUCUGAACCUCAGCGUGUUGACCAGUAGGGGCGUCACCCUCGUCGUCAACGCCAGUGGCCUGGAGGGUGUGGUCUACCCUCGGCUGGACGGCCUGCAGGUCCUCCGUGUCCCCGUCCAGGACCGACCUCACGCCCCCCUGAGACAAUACUUUGACCUAGUGUCUGAACGGAUUAGCCAGAACCAGACCGGGACGACUCUGGUCCACUGCACCGCCGGCAGGAGCAGAUCCCCCACUCUGAUCAUGGCCCACCUGAUGAGGUGUGACGGCCUCAGCCUCCGUCAGGCUCACGAGCAGGUUCUGGAACGGCGACCCUUCAUCAGACCCAACGCUGGGUUCUGGAGGCAGCUGCUGGACUACGAGUGGGCGCUGUCCGGCAGGAACACUGUGCGGAUGGCGAGGACUUCCGGCGGCGUCCUGCCCGAGGCGCUGCAGGACUCGGACGUCGAUGGGACGGCGUACUCCUUAAAUGUCUGACGGCUCGUGAACAAGCCGGGUCGUCCGUUCAGCUGAUGGCAUCAAACACUCGAUUACACUGAAGCUUUUAUCUUGACGGAUCGUCAGGAACUCACGUGAAAGAGUUUUAUUUAUCAAUUAAUAAACAAAACAGUAAAUAAC